GUCCCUGAAAAUAAGAGAUAAUAAAAAAUUUAUAACGGUGAAGUUUUUGCAGGAGAAUAAGCAGUUUAGUUAGGAUUAGUUGAUUAAAUUGGUUAAGUUUAAGAUGUUAUGAAAAAAGAUUUUCCAAAAGCUAGCUUAGUUUAUAUCGGAGGUGUUAAUGA